AUGCGCUUCUCUCACCUCGUUGGCCUAACGUUGGAGUCUCUCCUGCUCGGCUUGUCGACUGCCCAGUCGACAUCAUGUGCUGACAUUGCCGGGAAACUUGGUCAUUCGACAACCUUGAGUAUCGCUAAUGCGAGCUUGGUGGAUGGCCAGAACAUUGCUCAAUUUAUAGCACAGACUCUUAACACCACGGUUGUGCCAACCACGACUCUGACCGAUGUGUGCCGUAUACAGGGAGAGGUCGCAUAUGAUCUCAACCACACUGUCAGCGUUGAGCUCUGGCUUCCCUCAACCAGGCAAUGGAACGGCAGAUAUAUCGCUGUUGGUAACGGAGGAUUAGCGGGAACGAUUGACUAUCAGGCUAUGUUGAUCCAGCUCGAAGGUGGUUUCGCCGUGGCUGGUGGAGAUUCUGGUCAUACAUUGGCGGAAGAUGGGCCAGCCGUUGCAUCGCCCGGCUCGUUUGUGCCCUUUUUGAACAGCAUCCCACAAGUAACGGCGUGGCUUCACAACUCCAUCGCAGCCCUGACGCCCCCCACCCGCCAGCUGACAACGCUCUACUACGGCAAAUCGCCAUCUUAUUCCUAUUAUUACGGUUGCUCGACAGGUGGCGCGCAAGGAUUUGCGCUCGCACAAUAUCAUCCUGAGAUGUUUGACGGUAUCUACGCCGGUAGCCCUGGAAACUGGUACAGCCACUUGAUUCUUAGUUUCCUCUGGAAUUACAACCAUGCCCAAGCGCAGAACGCCUCGUUCAUGGACGCAGAGACCUUGAAUUUUGUUACGAACGCAACGGUGGCUCACUGCGACGGAAUCGAUGGUGUACGGGACGGUCUCAUCGAAAACCCCCUCAAAUGCACCUUCAACAUCACGACUCUGCAAUGUGGCCAUGGUCAGGCGUCCAAGGCCAAGAAUGGAUCUGUUCAGUGUAUCACUCCGGAACAGGUCACCACAUACAAAGCUUUCCGCCAAGGACCUACAGAACCCGAUACCGGCAUGCAGGUGUACCCUGGGUUCGACUUUGGAUCCGAGAGUGGAUGGAUGGCACAGGAGUCGUCGCUCGCCCUCGCCUACGCCAUCCCUAUCUUGCAGAACUUGGUGUUCAAGAAUCUGACAUAUGACUACAAAUCAUUCUCCUUCAGCAGUGCCGAUAUUGGCGCGGUCAACGCUAACGCCUCCCCCUACAUUGACGAGAUCUCUCCCGAUCUCCUUUCCUUCCGCCGGCGUGGUGCCAAGAUGAUCACCACCCAGGGUUGGGCAGACCAGUACAACGCCGCGACGUGGCCGAUCGAGCACUUGAAGCAAAUCAACACGUUCCUCAGCGGCCAACCAGGCGUGGCCAGCGACGCUUCGGACUUUUAUCGCCUCUUCAUGGUUCCCGGCGCCGGCCACUGUGGUGCGUCUCCUGCGUACCCGAACGUUCCAACGACAUACCACGUUUUGGACGUGUUGAUGCCGUGGGUGGAGAAAGGGAUCGCCCCUGUCAGCAUGCAGAGUUCGAACCCUCCCAGUCAAGCCAACAUCACGCGGAAACUGUGUUCGUGGCCAAAGACCGCAAAGCUGGUGGGUAAGAACCAGAACGAUUGGACGUCGUACGAAUGUGCAUGA